GGGAAGGUUACGGGAGUAGAAUACCUUUUUCAUAGAUGGCUGGAAAGCAGAUAAGUUGCCGAAUAUUUUCUGUUUUAGCGACCAGGAGCUCUCGAAGAUUUUCGAGUGAUGUUCCCACGCACACUGGUCAGAAAUUUGAUGAAGAUGAUUACAGGCUGGUCCGUUUUGUUGGAAAAGAAAAGAUUGUGAACCAGCAGUUUGCGAUAGACCUUAUUGCCAAAGUCCCACCAAAUGCUAAGAAGGAAAGGGUGGUGUGGUGUGAUGGAGGUGGUGGGCCAAUAGGUCACCCGAAGGUCUACAUAAACCUGGACAAACCAGGAAACCAUACUUGUGGCUACUGUGGACUCAGGUUCUAUAAAGAAGACAGCCAUCACUGAAGAUGAAUCUAGCUUAACGCAGGUGCAGUUGAAAUACAAAUUUGAUUUGUAAUAUAGUCAUUCUUUCCUUGUGUAAUCCAUAAAUAUAUUAGUUAUUUAUCAGUUUCUGUUU